AUGUCUGCGCUCCUGGUCACACAAUCCCACCGUCAGCCACAUCAGCGUCAGAACCGCAUCGGCCAGGCCAAAUCUCAGGAGCAAUUCCAGCAGCAACAACGACAGCAGCAACAAGGGCAACAACAACGACCGCUUGAACAGCAGCCACAGCGUCAGCCCGGUGCCGGGAACUGCAAGCCAAGCUUGCAGACGCAACAGCAGCCGCAUCAACAGCUGGCGCGCAAUCCUAUUGGGCCACCAAGCUUUUUCGCGCCGAAAACAAGAGCAGGAGAAGCAGCGACUGCAACCAGAUUUGAUAUUGUGAGCUCUGGACCGAAUUCUGCGGAAGGCUCCUCCGCAGGAGGGCUCCAGGCGGAAGUUCCGAUAGGAAUUUCCGGGCCGGCUAACGUUGCUGGUGCUCCUGGUGUUCAGAUCGGGGUCAACAAUGGAAGCGCGCUUGAAAAUGGCGCAGCAACUCUUAGACCGCAGUCGCAGAGGCAAUCGGCUUACCAAGUGAAGCAGGCGUCCUCCUUCAGACGGGUAGAGCCCCUACUGCCGGCGACUAUGGGGCUUAACCCGUCGCCGUUCCUGUUGGCCAGCGGCGGCGGCGGCGGCGGCGGGGGAUUGACAGCCGUACUGCCGGGCGGCGGCGGCAGCAGCGGCGGCGGCGGUAACGGCUCCGCCAUUGCUUCGUGCAUCCGUGCGACUGGCCCCUCUUCUGCAUCCGGCGGAAGCAGAGUCCCCGCCGCCGGGGCUGGCGGUAGCGGCGGCGGCGGCGGCGGCGGCGGCGGCGGCGGCAGUAAGCGCAAGCGCGAGGCGGUACCGGAUGCAGAUGGUAGUCCCGCGGUGACGGCCUCGACUGGCGCGGGCGCCGCGACGAGGCCGCCGUCUAGGAGUCAAGGGCUUGCUGCCGUAGAAAGCAGCACCAGCGGCGGCGGGGGCGGCGGCGGCGGCGGUAAGGAAGAUGCCGGGGCGCUAAGGCCUCCGGCGGCGGCGGCGGCGGCGGCGCCGCCUCCUGGGAAGUCUCCGUUUGCUGUCGCCGCGACGGCGGUGGCGGCGGCGGCGGCGGCGGCGGCUGCUGAGUCGGGACUUAGCAAUGCGGUGCUUGAGGACGUAGUGGGUGUCCGAAUGGCGAUGGAGGCCUGGCAGCAGCACCACCACCAGCACCAUCAACAACAACAACAACAACGGCAAGCUUUCGCUGGUCUAGGCAGUAACGGAAACGAUAACGGUAACAACGACCCUAGUAGCGAGCUUGCAACCGAAGGCAACUGCCUAGCCGGUGAAGACGGUGAGGCCGAGGGCGCGGGCGAGGGUGUCGAGGGGGAGGACGAGGACCCGGAGAAAGCGAGGGAGCGGAGGGAGAAGAACCGCAUCGCCGCGAGGAAGUGCCGCGCCAAGAAGGUGGCCAUGGUUCGCGGAAUGCAGGAGGAGCUCAAAGAGUUGGUGGCGCAGAACCAGGAAAUGAAGAUGCAGGUUGUGACCUGGCAUCGCAUGUUUAGUCGCGAAGUCAAAUUGCGUGAGGCCAUGAAGCGGGUCAUCUUUGCCGUGUGGACCUCCAACGCCAUCCGGAGCACGGGAUACACGGCCAACGAUGUCAUCAUUGGAUUGGAGGCGGGUACGCUCGAUGUCAACAGCAUAUCUGCGAUGCUGCAGCGUAACGCCGCCGCCGCCGCCGCGGUCGCCGUCGGUGCCGCCGCCGCCGCCGGCGUUGCGCUACACCCGCCGCCAGCAGCGGCAGCGGCAGCGACGGCGCUGCUUCCGGCAGUGGUAGGUGGCAGUAGCAGCAACGGUGGCGCCCCCCUGCCGCCGCUGCCGCCGCCAGCAGCGCAGGUCAUAAACGAGCCUGGGUCGUUGCACAGCGCAACGCUGCGGCAGCCGCCGCCGCUGCUGCCCGUCUCGCCGUCCGCAGGGCGCGUCGCCGCCGCCGCCGCCGCCGCCGCAGACCAGCUGCCAUCCCUGCUACCCUCGUUGCAUUCCGCCACGGCCGCUCCGCCAGCGGCGCUGCCUGUCGGCUUGCCCGCAGGCUCUCCAGUGUCGCCGCGACUGCCGCCGCCGCUGAGCCCCAGCAGCGAUAGUGGCGGCAGUUACUGGGCCGCUGCCGCUGCGUCUCGGCCGUACGACUGUGUGCCGUCGCCGCUGCCGCCGCUGCCGCUGGCGCUGCCUAAUCAGGCUCAUGAGAUGCCGUUGAGCCCUCGCACUCGCACCGAGCAAUACCAAACCCUAUCCCCUCAGUCUCCCAUAGCUACUGCCUUUGCUACUGCGGCGUGUCAGCAUCCGUCGUCAUCGCCGCCGCCGCCGCCGCCGGCGUCGGGCUCCAAUGUCAGCGCACCCACAGUGACUACGGCGGCGGCAGCAGCUCUCGGGCCUUGCAGCAGCUUCUCGCCUUACACAAUUUGCCAAGAUCCCGCGUCAGGUCUCGACGCCGCCGCCGUAAUGGCCGGCGGCGGCGGCGACGGUGUUCGUGCAGCGAGUGAGGACAGCGGCUGCGAGGGGAGCGCGGCGAAGGCGGAUGCGGCCGCCGCGGCGGCCACCGCGGUGCCGGCGCCGGCGCUGCCGCAUUAUCGGCAUUGCUCGGCCCCAAGCAACGUCGUCACACCUUGUGACACGAGUCCAGGUACGGCGCUGACGACGCUGCCGGCUCCGGCGCCCUCCCCGGCGCAGACCAUCUACAGCGGCGGGGGUGCCGCCACCGCCGCCACCGCCGCCGGCGCUGCCACUGGCGGCGCCGCCGGUGAAGGCGACGAUGGCGGCGGCGGCGAUACGCAGCUGCUUCACGAUGCGGCUAGUGAUGAUGGCACAAUGCUGCAACUUCCCUUCCUGGACGCAUCAUUCAGCCUGGCGCGCCUGCUUUCGCUGCCCACCGCUGCCGCCGCCGCAGGCGGCGGCGGCGGUGGCGGCCUUUGCUCGUCCAGUCUGCCGCCGGCUCCGCAGCCGCUGGAGGCUAUUUUGGGCACCGGCGGCGGCUCGAUGCGGCUGCCGUCAUUCAACCUGGAUGCAGCCCCGUCCAGCACUUUGCUGGCGCUGGCGGAUCCCGCGUUACUCAUGGUACGACACGACUCGGGGGGAAUGGAUUGGCUGGCGAACUUGCAAAUGGAUGCCGCUGGCGGCGUCAUUGCGGGGGGCUGUACGGCGUCGGCGGACGAUGCGGCGGCGCUGGCGGCGGCACUAACGGCUGCGGCGGGUGUCGAGGGUUUCGCGGAUCAAUGA